UAUACACACUGCCAACAUUCCAGCACUUGAUGAACAUUGUUAAUCCAAGUUUAAUGAAACGAAGUCCACGGGCACUUGAACCAGAGCAAAGAGUUGCUUUUACAUUGCGAUUUCUGAUUGGAGACAAAGUUCCAGCAGUUGCUUUUGCCUAUCGUGUUAGUUUAUCAACAGUACAUAAAAUAAUUAAAGAGACGUGUGACGUAUUUGAAAGACUUCUUGGUCCUAUCUAUCAACGAACUCCUUCAAGAGAAGAAUAUUUACAAAUUGCUGAGGGUUUUUGGACAUUAUGGAAUUUUCCACAUUGCUUGGGGGCAAUUGAUGGAAAACAUGUCGAUGCUCAAUGCCCCCCUAAUUCUGGUACGCUGUACUUUAAUUAUCACAUACGAUACAGCAUCGUACUUUUGGCUGUGUGUGAUCACAAUUAUCAAUUCACUUUGGUGGAUAUUGGGUCAAUGGGGAAUAACAGUGAUGCGGGAAUUUAUGGGAACAGCUACUUGAAUGUGACGAAUGAGAUGCUGGAUAUUCCAGAAGGAACCAGUUGCUUAAGCGGAACCGAUAUACAAGUGCCUUAUUUUUUUAUUGGGGAUGAAGCAUUCCCCAUUGGAAAGCAUUUGAUACGGCCAUAUGCUGGACGGUAUUUGGGGGAACACAAAAACAUAUUUAAUUAUAGACUUUUGCGAGCCCGGCGUAUAAUAGAAAAUACAUUUGGGAUUUUGGCAAAAAAGUGGGGUAUAUAUAACAGACCGAUCGCUGCGAUUCCUGAAAAUAUCAAUAAAUAUAUUUUGGCAACUGUAUGUUUGCACAAUUUCUUAAGAAACAAAGAAGGUAAUAUUUUACAAUUUGAAAACAAUGAUGAAAUUAUUGAAAAUAACGAAAAUGGUGCAUUUGCGACGUACAUUAAAGACUCUCUUUGCAAUUAUUUUAUGACUCCAAAUGGAAUGGUCAAUUGGCAGCAUGAUUAUGUAACGAGAGGACAAAAUCAAGACUUUAUCUACACGUAAACAUUUGAUCGAUUGAUUACACACGUGUCAUAUUGUGAAAUGUAAUGCUAAUAUGUAUUUAUUAUGUGAAUAUAAAAUAAAUAGUACAAAAUUUCUUUAA